GUUUCUCUAACCUCCUGUGUAGCUCUGCUUCAAGUUCCUGCAUUCACCUUGCCUUGUGCUUCGCUCUCACUGGCUUACCCUGCCUGGACACAAAGCUGCAGUGCACUUAUUUAGUCUGCAUGCCAAAGGAACGAAGGUAGCUGGUAGGAUUCAGUCCAAGCAUCUGUCUGUGCAACAACAUACCUUUGUUUUGGGCAGAAACCCGGGGGUUACGAACCCAAGGGUACCAUGGCGGACUACGGCAACGGCAGCGUGCCUGCCGUUGUUGACGUUGAGGAAGGCACCAACAGCAACGGCAACAGCAACGACUCCUUCGAACCGCCUCUCUUCACGAGACGCACCAGCCAUGUUCCCCAAUCCGGACUGCGCAUCCUCAUGAAGGACCUGUCGUACCAUGUGCCGUCCAACACCCAACGUGGCGAGCGGGCCUACUUGCUCCGCAACGUAAACGCCUUUUUGGAGCCCGGCCAGAUGACAGCACUGAUGGGCCCCAGCGGCAGCGGUAAGACCACCCUUCUGGACCUGCUAGCGGGCCGCAAGACGGUGGGCAAGACGGAGGGGCACCUCAGCUUCGGCGGGGUGCAGCCAACCAAGCAGUUCUUGCGACGCUACACGGGAUACGUGGAGCAGUUUGACACGCUGCUGGGCGACCUAACGGUGCGCGAGAUGCUGCUCUACACCGCGGAGCUCAAGCGCCCGCUGCAGGAGCCGCUGGCGCACAAGCGCAAGGAGGUGGACAUCCUUCUGAAGCGGCUGGCACUGGACGGCUGCGCGGACGUCAAGAUCGGCGACCCGCUGUCGAAGGGCAUUAGCGGCGGCCAGGCCAAGCGCACCAACAUUGGCAUCGCGCUCAUCACCAACCCACGUGUUCUCUUCCUGGACGAGCCCACAAGCGGUCUGGACAGCUACACCGCCAACGAGGUGAUGAAGGUGGUCCGAGGACUGGUGACAGAUGGCACCACCAUCGCCGCCACCAUCCACAGCCCCACCGCAGCCACCUUUGCGCUGUUCGACAGGGUCAUGCUGCUGGUGCGAGGUCAUCUGGUGUACUUUGGGCCGCAAGGGGUGUCCGCCCUGCAGUACGCCGCAGCCGCCUGGCCCUCCGCCAGCGCCGCCUCAGACCUCCUGGCGCUUCACAACGUGGCGGCCGUUGGUGCCGGCGGCGGCGGCGGCGGCGGCGGCGGCGGCGGUGCUGCUGUACACUCGGUGUCUCAGCUGGCGUUUAAUGACGCGGAGGUGUUGGUGGAGGCGGUGACGGAGGCGGACCACCGAGGAGAGGCGACGUCGCUGGCGGCCGCGUACGACAAGAGCGAGCUGCGCAAGGCCAACGACCAACAGCUUGAUCAGUACAUGACGGAGGGCCGUACAUCCGUAUCCGGAUCCAAACAACCUUGCUGCAUCAAGUCCAAGCUCGGAAUUGGAAGCAAGGGCGGGGCCGACGUCAAGAGCAACAACUGCAGCAACGGCAACGCGGUCAGGGACGUGGAGGCACAGUCCCCAAACAGCACCGCUGCUGCUGCUGCUGCCGCCACCAUUGCAUCCUCCCCAAGCUCUGUCUCUGACCAGGUGGCCCGCGAGCUUGCGACUCGCAGCGACACCGUGACACCUUGGUACUGGGGCAUCUGGGUGCUCAUGAAGUACCGCACCAGUCAGAACUACCGCAACCCCGGCUGGCUGGGUCCGCGUAUCGCCGACAAGCUGCUCAUCUCUCUCAUCAUCCUCACGCUGUACCUGGGAGUUGGGGACGACCUGUCGCCCGGCAACCUCAUAAACAUCCAGUCCGCGCUGUUCAUGUGGGCGCUGCUGCCCGCCUUCGGAGCGGCGUCGUACGUGCCGGCCAUCGUACUAGAACGGCGGCUGUUCGUGCGGGAGCGCGCUGACGGGUUGUACCAGGUGUUCACCUACCUGGCUGCAAAGCUGCUGGAGGAGCUGUUUCUCACCGUCAUCAUCACACUCAUCUUCUCCGCAUACGUGUUCUACGGGCUGCAGCUGCAGGGGCAGUGGGUGGUGUUCUGGCUGGUCUACUUCGUGGACCUGAUGGUGGGUAUUGUGCUGGCCUACCUCAUCGCUGCCCUCUCCCCCAACAUGGACGUGGCCAACGCCGCGCUGCCGGGCUUCGUGGUGACGCUGCUGUUCUUCGCGGGGCAGCUCAUGACGCUGGACUCCAUACCCGACUGGUGGCAGUGGUACUCGCGGAUCGACUUCCUGCGCUACGCCUGGGGUGCUCUCAUGAUCAACCAGUUCUCCGGGGAUCACAACGUGGAGUUCGCAGGCGGUGUAUCCAUUCUCAAGUACUACGGGUUGGAGGGUGGCGACAUGUGGGCUUACAUCGGCUACCUGGCUAUCUUUUGGAUCAUCUUUGCGGCGUUAGCGCUGCUCGCACUUACCUACGUACGACAUCAGAAACGGUAAACGCAGGUACGGCAGCUGAAGCAACCAGCGUUCGUACGGGAGUGGAAGCGAUGUACGCUGCUCUUGCAUCUGGGUUACACUGGGUUGUUGGUGGAGGACUGUGACAUUGGGUUCCAUCCAGUGAUUGGGUGCUCUGGUGUUGUUGGACCCACAUGCAUCAUCCGUUCAUCCCGCUUAUGACUUGCGGGAGGUGGGGGAAACGGUCUGCCUCAACUGAAACGCCGAGGACUGGAGGGGGGGGCGCUGCAGGUGUGGUUUCGUGUCAACUCUUAUAGUUGUAUGCAUGGACUUGUAUGCCGCGUUUUAUGCGGCUUCAAAUGUACAAAGGGACUUUACUUGCAUGCAAUCUGUCCCGCAUGUUUGAAAUCUAUGGAGCUGUUGCAGUUUGGUGUUAUCUAUUCCGGCUGCCGUGCGAUGUUGAAUCUCUGAAGCGAAGUGAGGUGAGGAUCUGAGGAAGGAUUGUGGGUUGUGACGCAGGGAGUCUUUUGACGGGCUCUCGCCUAUAUAUAUAGGACCCAGUUGGACCCAAUCCAGGCCCUACAUGAACGCGAACAAUCGUACGUAUGGGACCUUGUCAUACUGCUCGCUAUGUCCGUACUAUUUGCAUUGUGCUCUUUCAUGACUGUUGCGUACACGAUUUUUUAAGGGUACAAACGACGCCGCUGAAGGAUACGGUGGUUGAAAACGGUUAAGUCAUCGCAUGGAGGAAUGAACGGGAUUGUCAACAGGUAGUUUCGUAUCGCCUGCACCGAGGAUUGGAUGUGACUUGCGGGGGUGCUUUGUGUCAACGUGGGCUGUGCCUGGCCUUUGAACCCAGACUCCAAACUGCAAAACAGUUUACUUAAGACGCCCG